UGCAAGGAGUUUGUUUUGGAGAAGCAGAGGUAAAGAAUGGGUUCGUCUGCAGACGGUCACAAGAUAGCCUUCGAGAAAGAUGGUGUGUUUCUCAACACAAGCACAAAACGGACACAUGACCAGGACACGCACAUCCCCGGGGUGAUCCGGAUCAUUGAAAAGGGUCCUGAUACUGUGGUGGACUGGACUCCAGUAUGUGAGACUGAAGAACCGUCUCAAAUGCUUUACUCCAAAAAGGAUUCCACAGUGAAUGGAGUUAGUCACACUGAAGAAGAUAUGUUUGACCCAGGUUACGAACCUGAUUGGGCCGUUAUUAGCACAGUUGGAACAAGAACACGGCCACAGGAGGAUGCACGUGCUGCCAAUCAGUACCCGGGAACACACAGCAAGUGGGCGUUCUCCAUCAGCCUGUCAGAGUUGAAGUCCAUCCGGAAAAACAAGCCAGGCCUGGGCUGGUCAUACCUCAUCUUCAUCAGCAAGGACGGCAUCUCCUUCCCAGCGCUUCACUUCCAUGCCGGUGGCACCAGAGCUUUACUAAAGUGUUUGUGUAAAUACGUUGUCCUGGCUACGUCGAAAAAGGACCCUCGUCUCUAUCUGGUCUACACUCAUGAUUCCCAUGCCCUGUCUCAGUCUUUUGACGAGUUGCAGCUGUUUGAUGAGCAUUCCUCCGAUCUGGUGUCACGUUUCAUUCACGACCCUUACGCUGCCACUUUUGGCAGCUUUUCCAAAGUGACCAAUUUCCUGCGUGAUGCUCUGCGGCCCCCAGACGGCACCCGCCACCGCCCAACACGUGAGACGGCAGCAGGAAUAGAUAUCGACCAGCAGGAUGAGCCAGGCUUCGAGGUCAUCAGCUGCCAAGCUGAUCUUGGCCAGAGACCCACGGUGCAGCGGCAGGAGACUCUAACGGCUGCAGAGUGGGCGAAACAUUUGGACCCAGAAGGAAGAGUUUGUGACGUGGAGGAACUGAAGAAGAAGAUUUUUAAAGGAGGACUGUGCCACAGCAUCCGUCGGGAAGUGUGGAAAUUCCUGCUGGGAUACUACCCCUGGGACAGUACGGCCGAGGAACGCAAAGUUAUGGUAAAGCAAAAAACAGAUGAAUAUUUCCGGAUGAAACUGCAGUGGAAAUCAGUGACAGAGGAUCAGGAACGUCGGAACUCCCUGCUACGGGCAUACAAGAGUCUGAUUGAGCGGGAUGUUAGCAGGACUGAUCGCAGCAACAAGUUCUACGAGGGGAAUGACAACCCAGGCCUGGUGCUAUUGAAUGAUGUGCUGAUGACUUACUGCAUGUACAACUUCGAUCUGGGUUACGUACAGGGAAUGAGUGACCUCCUCUCUCCCAUACUCUACGUGACUCAGAAUGAAGUCGAUUCCUUCUGGUGUUUCACGGGCUUCAUGGAGAAAGUGCACCGGAAUUUUGAGGAAAGCCAGGAGAGCAUGAAGGAACAGCUGGAAAAGUUAGCCCUGCUGCUGAGGGUGCUGGAUUCUGCACUCUGUGACUUCCUAGAUUCCAGAGAGUCGGGAAACCUCUGCUUCUGUUUCCGCUGGCUGCUCAUCUGGUUUAAAAGGGAGUUUUCCUUUCCGGAUAUACUGCGCCUUUGGGAGGUACAAUGGACAGGCCACCCGUGCCCAAAUUUCCACCUGCUGGUGUGCUGUGCUAUCCUGGACUCUGAGCGAGAUGCACUGAUGAACCCCAACUACGGCUUCAACGAGAUACUCAAGCACAUCAACGAGCUGACCAUGAGACUGAACAUGGAAGACAUCCUGUGCAGGGCGGAAGCGAUAUACCAGCAGUUGGCUGCCUGUCCGCAGCUGCAGCGGAGCGUGCAACAGAUUCUGGGUCUGGCGGAGGCCUGCACCCCCACCCCCAGCUCGCGCUCGGGGUCCGGUGCAGGAAGCUCCCCCGAGGCGCUAUCCCCCAGCCAGAUGCACGAGUCGGAGCUGACAGACAGCGCUUCACACAGCCUUCCUGACAGCAGCAUCGAGAUCCUACAUACCGACGACGGGAACUUGGAGUCUGCCCACAGCCCAUAGGUGCCGGGGAGGCCCUACCAGCCCCUCGCCAGCGGAUAGCCUCGAGCUCUCAAUCAAGACACUCGCGCGUUUCCACCAAAGCCCUUGAGCAAGACGUUUACCUACACAGCUUUGAAAAUGAGACCAACUUCAUGCAAUUAGUCCUGUGACAUGGACACUUAUCGCUCCCAUCACUGGAGAAUUAUACCAUCAUGUGUGAUGUUUGUCAUGAAUCCUAAAGGAGGCAUUGCAAACUGGUUACCGGUAAUUAACUGCCCUUUCACAAGGGAACAGUGCUUCCCUCUCCAGGGGCUGUUUUUCUGGAUAUUUUUAUGAAUUAUGCAACAGGUCAGGCAGCAUCUAUAGAGUGAAAAUUUCCCCCGCUUCGUCUAUUCCCUGACCAGUCUAUCACUCCCCCCCUGGGUCCCCUCCUCCCUCCCUUUCUCCUAUAGUCCACUCUCCUCUCCUAUCAGAUUCUUUCUUCUCCAGCCCUUGACCUUUCCCACCCACCUGGCUUCACCUAUCACCUUCCAGCUAUCCUCCCCCCUCCCCCCUCCUCCAUGUAAUUUUGGCAUCUUCCCUCUUCCCUCUCAGUCUUGAUGAAGGACCUCGGCCCGAUACAUCGAUCUUUUAUUCUUUCCCAUAGAUGCUGCCUGAUGAGCUCCUCCAGCAGCUUGUGUGUGUUGCUUUGAGGGUGAAAAAGUUAAUUUUUCUUUCUUUUUAUAUAGAGAUACAAAGUACUUCUGGCCUAACGAGACCAUGCCUCCCAAGUAUACCCAUGUGACCAAUUAACCUACUAUCCGGUACGCCUUUGGACUGUGGGAGGAGACCGGAGCACCCGGAGGAAACUCACGCAGUCACUAGGAGAACAUACACACUCCUUACUAAUGGAGGUGGGAGUUGAACCCACAUAUUGGCAUUGGAAUAGUGUUACACUAAUCACCACUGUCUAUGGGAGUGUGCUCUCCAGGCACACGGGUUUCCUCCCACAAUCCAAACACAUAUGGGUUAAUUGGUUACAUGGGUGUGAUUGGGUGACGCAGGGCUCGCUGGGCCUCGAGCCUGUUACUCUCCUGUAUCUCUAAAUAAAAAGGUUAAUCUUGCAGGCUGAUGAUCUAUCGAAAAGGCUAGCAGUUGCAGAAGAGGGGAGAGAAUAGGAAAGUACCAAAGGUCAGCGAGACGAUGGAGUGACGUCAGCUAAAGGAGAAUGGCAAGGGUGAGGAAUUAAGAGAAGGUACAUUACACAGUAGGUGUGGUGACGCUUUUGCCACUGUGAUUCUGAACUGUGGGAGGAAACCCGAGCACCCGGAGGAAAGCCAUGCAGAUACUGGGAGAGUGUACACAGACGGGGCUGGUUAAUGUAACACUGCUACAGCCCAGCAUUACCACUCUCUGCUGGCAUCACCGCCAAUUAUGUCGUUCAGACUUCCUUGUGUCUCCUUUCUCUGUGAGAAAAUACUCAAUAACCCAGCUCAGCUGAAACUUCAGCCUGAAUCUUUAUGUUUUUUUUUUGUUAACCCUUCGCAGAUGAACAGCUGAAGUCUCCACCAGUUUUAUUUUGCUUUAGUUUCAGAAGUUAGCACCUCUCCGGCAUUAGGGUUUUCUCUGUCCACCAAAAGAGCACCGGUUUACUGCCUCUCCUCCUGCCAUACCGCAGACAAGCUCCCACAGAGUCAUUUUAAUUCCAUGAUCACUACAAGGUAGCAAACAUUCAUCAUGCUGGAGGUAUGGGUCACAGCUCUGCACCGCGCUGGGUGCUGCCCCUGCUUUCUCCGAUUCUCUCUUCCCACAAACACUGAACUUUUCCAGCAUGCUUUGAUUUGAAGAAAAGUAAUCUCUUCUCAGUGGCCACCCUCACCCUCACACCCUCUACCUUCUCCUCUCCCCCUCCACUCCCUGCCAGCCGAUCAGUACAUUUUACAUGGUAAAAAUUACCCACCGCCUCACUGCUGCCAGCUGUUUGUCAGGCGAGCAUAUUGGACGUGUGGUUCUGCUGAUUUGUGUCUGCUCCUCCUACCCCGUCACUCACCACAUGAGGGCAGAUUUCUCUUUCACACAGAUGCGUAUUAAUCUUCCCUCUCUUCAGAAUAUUUAAGUGCUGCGAAGUAUAUUAAGGCAUCCUAUAAAUUAGCUGUUUUUCACUAAACUAUUUCUGUUGAUGGAUUUGAUGAUGACUCCUUGAAUCCAUCUUAGUGAUGGGGAAGGCUGCAGAAUAUACAAAGCCUAUAGUUUCUUCUGACUGUGUGUUUAAUGGCUUGUGAUUAUGCUGCAUUAAAUAUUUGUCACUGAUUUUCUUUGUAUUAAACAUAUAUAUAUACUGUAUAGCUGUAGUAGAAAUAUAUCAGAAUGAGUGGUUUACAAGUUGUAAGUUAUGUUCCAUUGUGCCAAACAGAAAAGGAUGGUGAAAUAUUACUGAUGUAUCACAAAUUAUGUUGAAUAUGAGAGAUAAUGUGCAAUUCUGUCUCCGUUUUCAUCUCCAUUUCUCUCCUGCGUCUCUCUUUCUCUCUCUCACUCUGUGAUACUGCAUGUGUCUCAUUUUUCUCUGUCAUUCCCUCUCCUCCCCCCAACUCUCCCCCCCCCCCACUCUCCCUCAUUCUCUCUCUCUCGUUUUCCCUCUGUCAAUCUCCACCUCCCUCCCUGUCAUCUCUGUUCUCUCAUUUUCUCUGUCCAUCUGUGUCUCCCUCUGCUUUUGGAGUACACAUUUUUUGAGUUUCCUGAAAAGGCACGUGAACAAAAGGACUUGCAUUCCGUACAUAUUAUUCCAUCCACUUGCAGAGGUGUGGUUAGCUUGUGGAACACACAACUGUCAGAAAUUAGCCAGAGGAUGUAAUUGGCUGCUAUAAUAGCAACCUUCAGACAGACAAUGGACAACUUGUUUGGUUUGAGUAGAGUGGAAUUUCCUCUGUAUCGAAGAACACUAUCUGUCCUGCGAUUGUUUUUGGUAUGUUAUAGAGGGAGCUUUGCAGAAUCUAACCUUCUUCCUUCCUCCUUCCCCAACACCCCAAACAGCUGUUUCUGCUUUGGGAGUAUUAGACGGAAUAAUGUAGAAAAACAGUAAACAGUAUUUAACCCACUGGCUGCCUGAAGUUGCUGUGUUUGUUUCCCAUUACUGACAAGACUCGAACUGAUUCAAUAAAAGAAAUUGUUUGGAAUAA